GUGAUAUAGUAGGAAUAGUAUAAAGAAAUUAAAGUCAAUCCAAUAAAUACCUAAAUUAAUACCUAAUAAAUUAAUACCAUGGAUAAGUCUCAAAAUAUCAUCAUGGAGCUAGAAGAAAUAAAAGAAAAACUAUUCACCGUCAAAGAGUGUAUAGAGGCUGCCCGCAACAUGCGGACAGAUCUUAAAGACAAAGCCAUUGAAAGCCUGCCUGGAGUAAGCUUUCUGAUCCAGCAGCUUGACAAAAAUUUUAAUCAUGAAAUACAGCAGCAAAAUCUUCACAUUGACUCCCUCCAGCAACCUGAUAGAGGUCACCAGGUUUCUGGAUGUCUGAAGAUGAAUCAGAUAUUCAGAUGAACCUUUCAGACCAGGGUGUCACUGCUGUUCGAUGUAUCUCCAUUCGUCGGGAUGGCAAAUUAAUACUAACCAAAUAUUUAAUUCUCACCUUUAACAAGCCGACAUUGCCAUCUUUUAUUACAGCAGGUUAUCUGCGCUGCCCUGUCCGUCCGUACGUUCCAAAUCCGCUGCGUUGUUUCAAAUGCCAGCGGUUUGGACAUUCACAGACAUCCUGCCGUGGCAAGAGCGUAUGUGCACAGUGUGGGACUGAAGGUCACGAGAGUACCGAGUGUACCAGUACCCCAUGCUGUGUUAACUGCAAAGAUGGCCAUCCUUCUUACUCCCGAAAAUGCCCUGCAUGGCAAAGAGAAAAGGAGAUACAACGGGUGAAAACAGUCAACAACAUACCCUACCCAGAGGCUCGUCGUAUGGUCACUUCAACUGCACCUAUGAGACAGAAAACAUUUGCUGCUGUUUUGAAAUCCACAAAGACAUGUGGGGUUCAAACAGAUAUUUCUGUCUCUCCUAGUGAAUCUCUUACCCGCCAUGCGAAAUGUUUAAUUCUCCCAACUACCCAAACAUCAGAAAAGGAGAUUAAGAAAGCCAAAACACCCCUACCAAAAACAGGGGUAAUGACAAGAAACGUGGGUUCCAAGAAGGCUGCUAAGAACCCGCUCAACAAACAAAAAUUAAAAGCAGCCAUCUCCAAAUCCAAGAGAUCAGAGGCUCAGUCUAUGAGUGAGUUCUUCGACUUCUCUGACGAGGAGACUAAUAAGGAGGUGACACCACCAACUUCACCUCCGAAAGGCAAAUCAGCCAUAAAACUAAAGAGGAAUACCUUCACAAAGAAUGCUGCCUCAAACACAUAAUGGAUUAUAAAAUAGUUUAAUGGAACUGUCGUGGUUUUCGCAACAACUUCUUUGACAUUAAACACUUGACAUCAUUUACAUCAUCUCUCUGCGUGGCA